AUGUCCAGCCUGGAGUGCCGAAAGACCUUCCUGGAGGUGGUUCCAUCCAGCAAUUGGAUGCCUGCAGCCAAGCGGACCCAGAGUUUGCUGGUUGGUGACCUACUUCAGGAGGACGAGGCGGACACCACGGCAGACCGCAUCUUACGCCGUGCGAGUUGCUCAUUUCAGUGGCGGUCAGAUUGGCCUGAAGGAAUUUCCCGUGGCAGCUAUGGACAUCCUUCCUUAUGCAGGGCACCCUGCGUUUAUGCUUUCUACGGGACCUGCAUGAAGGGUCCAAGGUGCAAUUUCUGCCACCUCGAGCACUCCAGUCCAAAGCGCAAGCUCACAAGACAGGAGAGGCAAGCUUUAUAUCAGAUGCCGGAGUCGCUGGUGCUUUUGAUCUUCAAUUCACACCUCGACAAACACGUCACCAAGCUUCAGCUGCAGCAACCCUUGCGCUUGGUGCUGGCAAUUGUGGCACGACGUGUGAGGCUGUUGAGACCUCAGUGGCCAACAGGCUUUGAGUUCAGGAUGGCCCUUGACCAGAUGUGGAACCUGCGCUCCUUCUCCUUGGGUGGAACAGAAGGAAUAUCAAGGACGUGUUCAUCCAACAUUGCGGAAGGAAGAGUCCGAACCGGAUACGAAGAAGUCCCGAAGACCAGAUGA